UAUUAGUACUCUUUAUAAUAUUCAAAGCAACUUUUAUAAGCCAAAUUUAUUCGACAUUUUUUUAUAAACUUUCAAUUAUGAAGUGGGAAUACAAAGAAGAACAUACUUUUGAUAAAAGAAAGACUGAAGGAGAAAAGAUUAGGAAAAAAUAUCCUGAUAGAGUUCCAGUCAUAGUAGAACGUGCCCCUAAGGCCAGAAUUCCGGAAUUGGACAAGAAAAAAUACUUGGUACCGGGAGAACUCACUGUCGGUCAAUUCUACUUUUUGAUUCGUAAACGCAUUCAGCUCAGACCAGAAGACGCCCUCUUCUUCUUCGUCAACGAUUCCAUUCCCCCAACUUCGGCAACCAUGGCCAAGCUUUAUCAGGAACAUCACGAGGAAGAUAGCUUCUUGUAUAUAGCCUACAGUGAUGAAAGUGUGUACGGUUGAAUUUGAACCCUUAAAAUGCUAUACUUCUUAAUUUUAAGUUUUUUCCUUGGCCUUUGGUAUAUUCUUUUAUUUUAAAUUUAAAGAUUAAUUUAUAUCGUUAUUAUUUGCCAAUCUAUUAUUUAUUUAAAUUGUUAAUGCUUAUUAUUAAUGUAUAAUGUGAAUUAAUCUUUUUAAAACUUGUCCCCUUCCUCAAAUUAUACCAUCUUGGAUCAUCUAAUACAGUCUUAAUCCGCUAUUCAUUUAUAAGAAAAUAAUUUAUAUUACACGUGGCUACAUUAGAACUGCAGAAUUUAUAUUAUUUUUUUUUAAAAGAUUGAUACAAUGUUAAUAUAUUAUAUCCAAAAUUAUUUAUUUGUGACUUCUUUCCCGCUGACAAAAAUAUAUUAGAUAUUUUAUUAUUUUUAAAUGAAAUUGUCUUAUUUUUUUUAAAUUAUUAGAUAAUAUUAGUAAUAUUGAAUUAGUUGGCAUAUUUUGUUCUACACAUUGCGAAAUAAAAAACAUUGUGGUGUA